AUGUCCGAAACGACAUCCCGAGCCACCCGCACGGCGGCUGCACAGGUGCUGGCCUGGGCGAGCCGGGAAAGCUUUGCCAUGGGGAAAAAGAAUGCAGCCAAGUCCAGGCUCCAGCACCAACAUCAGCGGCGAUUCCACGAAUCGCUUUGCCUGGACGAUGCGGUCAUGGCCAAUGCGACUUCAGGUGCUGCUCCAGAUUUUCGCGACUCCUGGGCUGAAGGUCUGCGGCGAAGUUGCCCCCCAGAUCCACAGCAGUUGAAGAAGUGUGCCUGGGGCAUCGGAAGUGAAAAGGCGAUGUCUGAAUCCAGAGUCGGCGCUUUUGCCUUUGCUGCUGGAGGCUCGAGGAAGAGCCAAGGCGAGAUGAGCCAUGAUCAAGGGGCCGACUUCGGAUCACACAUCAGCUGGCGGAUGGGCCGUGGCGAAGAGAGCUGCUCCAACGAUUGCCUGCGAGUGUGCCGGCUCGUCUCUGGCGUGCCCUGGACCCUACAUGUGUGGGAUAUCCGGCUUUGUCCUUGA